AUGUCUGUGGGGAAAAUUAGGGAGUUUGACGUGCAAAGUGGUAGCUGGAGAUCAUACUGCGACAGGCUGGAGAGCUACUUUGUGGUCAACGACGUGAAGGACGAGCGGAAAUUACCGACAUUGAUUUCGGUAGUGGGCGAGGCAGCGUACGAAUUGAUGGUGAAUUUAUGCAGCCCUAAAAAGCCGGCCGAUAUGACUUAUAAAGAAGUGGUGGAGAUAAUGAGAAAACAUCUACAACCGACUCCUUCGGUGCUCGCAGAACGUUUCAGAUUUCGUCAGUACCGACAGGUCAAAGGUCAGACGGUGGCGCAGUACGUGGCGGAAUUAAAAAAGUUGGCACGGUUUUGUGAAUUCGAAACGGCAUUAGACGAUAACAUGCGAGAUCAGUUUGUGUGUGGGUUAUCCAGUGAUUUGAUAAGACAGCGUUUGUUUACGGAAAGUAAAUUAAACUUUGCUACAUCAUUAUCCUUAGCAUUAUCUCUGGAAGCGGCCGAACGGGAUUCGGUGGAGGUCGAGAGGGGAGGCGGCGGCGCAGCCGCCACUGGAUUGACAGCAGAGGCUGCAGCAGUACAUCACGUGCGAUCGGCACCGGGGGGGUGCAUGGCGUGCGGAGAUUUCCGUCAUGAUCAGGCUCACUGCAAAUUUAACACUUAUAUUUGUAGUAGGUGUAAUUUAAAAGGGCACUUGCGUCGCAUGUGUCCAGCAAUGGCAAAUGGAACACGGGCACAGGGUUCUACGCCUAGAGGAAGUGCUAAGGGUACCAGGAAUUCAGCUGGUUAUGGCCGAGGCGGAGCAGGGGCCACGCUCGGGAGCAGCGGAGCGCGCGGUGGUCGCGCCAGGAACAGCAGCUGGGGCAACUCACGGGUGCACUGGGUGGUGGAAGAUGGCCAGCUGAACCCGGAGGAGAUACCGUUUGAGGUAGAUGAAGGAAGCGAGGAACCCGUUUACCAGAUGAGCCUUGACAAAUAUAAGCCGGCAUAAGGAAAUAUUCGAUGGGAGCUUGGGUGCGUUCACCGGCGGGCGGGCUCGGCUGCGCGUGCGACCGGACGCAGCCCCCGUGUUCUGCCGCGCGCGCCCCCUACCGUACGCGCUGAGGGACCGCGUCGACGCCGAGCUCGACGCCAUGCUGCGCGCCGACGUCAUCGAGCCGGUGGAUCACUCAGACUGGGCCACGCCAUUGGUAAUCGUAAAUAAGCCGGACGGGUCAUUACGAUUAUGUGCGGAUUACAAAUCCACAUUGAAUCGCGUUUUGUUAGUUGAUAAAUUUCCGAUUCCUAAAAUUGAAGAUUUAUUUGCGCAGCUUAGCGGUAGUAGGUAUUUUACAAAACUAGACUUAUCACAGGCCUACAAUCAAAUUAUAUUAGAAGAUGACGGUUCUAGAGAUUUAACGGUAAUAAACACGCACCGGGGAUUGUUUAGGUAUAAACGCUUAGUAUAUGGUCUUUCGUCUAGCCCGGGAAUAUUCCAAAGAAUUAUGAGUAACCUUUUGAAUGAUAUUCCCAACGUGACUUUCUUUUUAGAUGAUAUUUUGAUAACCGGGGAUACUUUAAACUCACAUUUAGGUAGCCUCCAGCAGGUACUACAGAGAUUGAGUAGCAACGGUUUGAAGAUAAAAAAACAAAAGUGUUCGUUUCUAGUACAAGAGGUUAAAUAUUUGGGGU